AUGCAUCUCAAUCAUACCGCAGCCCUCCAAGAUUUCUGGGGCUUCAAAUGCGCCCGCGGUAGCAAGUUUUAUAUCUGCGAAAAUUCUUGGGCCGAGUUCUUUGGAUGCUGUACGAGCGACCCUUGUGCCGAUGGAAUUGGGGUAUGCCCGCCCGACAAUGUCAAGGCUCUCACGUUUGACGCUGAAAAAGCGUCAGAAAUGCCCUGGCAAGACUGUUUGACAUCAUCCACCAGUAUGUUCCAAGUUUGCGCUAAACGUUCAUCGGUCAAGUCCAUGCAUAAGAAUCCUACGUAUAUUCCAAUCAUCAGUCAAGAAGUCGUCGACGAAUUUGAGAGCCCCAACGCCGCUAGUAUCCAGACAGUCAACGACAGUGAUAGUCCACAUCUGGCAUCGGAUUGCAAGCCAAUCAAUGUUACACAGUCCAAGAUGACUUUUUUUAUUGGGUGGGCGUGGGAUAUUGUGUUAACAUUGAUUCCAAUUUGUUUCAUAGAAUCGGCAGCUUUGGCGAUAGCCGUCGUUGGCCUAGACGGCCAAAAGAAAUCAGACUAUGGACAACACGUACUUGAGUUAACCCGUCUCGGCCCUUCUCUGUACCCAAUCUUGUUUGCUGCUGUCGCGGGUCGAUUCUAUAGGAACCUCGCUCGUUGGCGCCUGGAACAACCAGGAGGUGUCAGCCUUGCUGUUCUGGAGCAAGUAUUUGGUAGUCAAAGUUUUGCCACGGCUUUGGAACGUGUUUUCGUCGUCCACACUCAUGUGUUCCUCGGUAUCCUCAUCCUUUCCACCUGGGCGCUGUCGCCAUUAGGUGGGCAGAGUUCGUCAAGAAUCCUAUCGUUUGGAGAUAGAACAGAAGUGUCAAAUGGCACUAUAAGUUAUUUGCACCCCGCUUAUCAAGUCACAAGCUACAUCAAUCGAAACUCUUACUUAACAACGAGGGCCAGUAUCGCAGCAUUGUACUCGUCAUGUCUUCUUUCGUCACCGGAGCAAAAGCGAUCGCCGAGAGAUCUAUGGGACCUACCAAAAAUCCCCCAGUGGAAAUCAGACAAGAAAGUCGGGGAGACAUACCCAGUUGAUAACGAAGCCCUUCGGAAUGGCAGAGAUGAUUAUGCAUCCCUCAUAGGCAUCAAACUACGUGGUUUGGACUUUGAAGAAGGGUUGACACAAUACAACUUUACUGUGCAAACCUCAUACAUCGAUCUUCAAUGCUUGCUGGAGAAUGAUGAUGUUUUGGAUCCCUCUCGCUUGUUCAAUGACGCGACUAUGGCACCCUCAACAGACCUAGUGGAUUUCAGGGUUCACGCAGAUAUCAAGAGCUCACUUCCUUGGACACAGUGGAAGGGUCUUGAUAACCCCCCUCCUCUCCAACUAUUCUACAUCAUCAAGUGGGAAUGGAUGGGCCAUAAUGGUUACUCUGGAAGUGCAUGGUCAGCCAUUAAUUGCACUAUGCAAUCAAUUUGGAUGGACACAGAAUUUCGGUGUGGCCCCCGCCCAUCGGCAAAAAGUUGCUAUGCUUACCAGCAACGAAGGGUCAACGAUAAAAUCUCACCAAACCGUCUUCCAAGACUGAUGACUAAAAACCAUGGCGCCUUGAGGCAAGCAAUCUCGGUUUGGCCAGAGGCGUCCAGUGAUUGGACUAGCAACAAACCGUCAGCUACAGAGAAUUACAUCAUGGGUGAGAUGCACCCUUACGCCGGGCAGGGCUUUAGAAACUGGACAGAGAUGGAUCGUGAAAAGUUCCCUGCGGAAAUUUCCAGGCGAAUGACGACUGCUUUCAAUACGUUCUGGGACGCUACGCUGAACCCUACCGGACAUACCAACAUAACAUUUAAAAAUCUUGAUGACAGCAGUACGGCGUUUGAGGACGAGUUCAAUGCUCAACCAUUUAUGAACACAACGGUUGGAACGAUGACGGCUGAGCGCGAGAUACUUGCAAUUUUGGGGCUCGUACUUGAAGUGCUGAUAGUGGGACCAGAUGUUCUUGGAUACGCGAGCUCAUUCACACGGGAUAACCCUUACAUGUAUGCCCUGAUGACGAGGUUGGAUAUCUUGCUAUUUGUGCUAUUCCAACCAAGGCAGUAG